UACAUUGUUCAAAUACAUUGAAUGAGAUUUUUAUUCUGCGUGCAUAUGACAUUAGAAAAAGAAUAGGAAUUGAGAAAAAAUUUUGGGACAAAGGAAAUGCUUGCUCCUUCAAUAACUUUGAAAUAGAGAAAAUCAACGCAGAGAAGAAAUUUUGAACACAAUAUAGGAUUGUCUAGUAAUGCAUACUUUCAGGACACUAUAUAUAUACUUUUAAAUAUGAGUCCAAUGUUUUUACACGGUUCAAUUGGAAAACAUUUUGGAAUUAUAUUAUUAUCGUCAACAUGAUUUGUAAUUAUAAACAUCUUAGGACAAUAGAUUGCAAGAAGGAUGAAGCUCGCCGAUUUUGUAGGGAUCUUGUUCCUCUUUGAAGCUUGUUUGCUCAGUAAUGCAUUUGACAAGACUGAUACUAACAAUAAUCCCUUGUUACCUGUGGUAGUGAUCACCUGGGAUUAUACAACUGUAGCGACAAAAGCGUGGGACCUGAUUUAUAAUCAGAAGAAAAGUGCUCUAGACACAAUAGAAGAAGGAUGCACUCUAUGUGAGACGGAACAAUGCAGAGGAACCGUAGGAUUUGGUGGCAGUCCGGAUGAGUCUGGAGAAACUACAUUGGAUGCUAUGAUUAUGGAUGGAGUGACAAUGGAUGUAGGCGCAAUAGCAGGAUUACGGAACGUAAAGAGCGCUAUUUCGGUGGCUCGCAAGGUGCUGCACCACACAAAACAUUCUUUAUUGGGUGGAGAACUGGGUACGAAGUUCGCCGUCAAGAUGGGAUUCAAGGAAGAAUCUCUAACGACAAAUGAAUCCUCGCAGAUGUGGACGCAAUGGAAAACAAACAACUGUCAACCCAAUUUCUGGAAGAAUGUUGAGCCGGAUCCAACGACCAGCUGCGGGCCGUACAAGUCAAAGAACAUACAAGACAACGAUAAUAGUUACGAAGAACACAUGUUCGAAGGAAGCGAGGAAAAUCACGAUACAAUCGGUAUGCUCGCGAUAGACUCGCAGGGACGUACGGCAGCUGGUACUUCCACGAACGGUGCCAACCACAAAAUACCCGGCCGCAUCGGGGAUUCUCCUAUUCCAGGAGCUGGAGCAUACGCCGAUCAAGAAGUUGGCGCGGCAGCUUCUACUGGCGACGGAGAUGUUAUGAUGCGGUUUUUACCGAGUUUUUUGGCAGUAGAGGAGAUGCGUCGUGGAGCAACGCCGUAUACAGCUGCCAGAAAAGCGAUUAAUAGGAUCGCUCAGCACUAUCCUACCUUCUUCGGUGGGAUAAUCACCGUGAACAAUAGAGGAGAAUUUGGAGCUGCGUGUAACGGAAUGAAAGAUGGAUUUCCAUUUUAUAUCGCAAAUUCUUCGGGGAAAAGAUUGCUUUCAGUUGAAUGCACUAAUUAUAAGGUACACUGCUACAAAAAAGAUAUAGCGCCACUGUACAAGCUAGGAAAACGGUCACACGAAAAACGACGGCUCAAAAUGCCAGAGACGGAAGAAGAGAUGAGUAUGUCAGUUCGCCUGACGAACGACGACUUUCGAAAACUCUUGAUGACCCCGAGGGCGUCGGUACCCUCAGCUACUCCAGCUUCUGUACCAGGCACAGCGAGGGAUGCCAGCGCAAAGACAGCUCAAACCCCCCAAGUUAGUGGGGGCAGUCGGGCGGAGCUGCGAAGGAAGAAGAAGAGCUUCUACGCAAAGUUAAAAAAACAGGAGGAGGACAAGAUGGCAGAGCUCGCGGAGAAGUAUAGGGAUCGCGCGAGGGAACGCAGGGACGGUACCAAUCAAGAUUAUCAAGCGGAAGAUCCUAUGAACAAUGCUAGCGCUUACAGAGCCGUCGCGCCAGAUCUGAAGUCCGGCAUGGAUGCCGCAGAACGCAGGAGGCAGAUGAUCCAGCAGUCUAAAUUCUUAGGUGGUGACAUGGAACAUACUCACUUGGUCAAGGGCUUGGAUUACGCUCUUCUACAGAAGGUACGCAGUGAGAUUGAAGCGAAAGAACACGAGCAAGAGCAGGAGAUGGAGAAACUCGUGAAACCAAAGGAGAAAUCGAAGAAAGAGCCGGAGAAAAAGGACGACGAGAUGCAAUUCAAGACGAAAAUGGGCAGGAACGUGUACAAGACUAUCAUGAUCAUGAAGUCCAAGCAGAUCGAAAGGAAUGAGUUAUUCACGCCAGGUCGCAUGGCAUACGUGAUCGAGUUGGACGACGACAAUGCCGACGUCGAUAUACCUACGACGUUGAUCAGGAGCAAAGCGGACGUACCGACGAUCGAUAAUACGCCGACUCUUACGACCAACGAUAUAGUGAUUAAUAAAUUAGCGCAGAUUUUGUCAUAUCUGCGCCAAGGCAGCCGGCACAGUAAAAAGGGCAAGAAGUUGAAGGACGGGCGGGUCCGUGGCGACGAGAACGAGAUAGAUAUCCAACCGCGGCCGCCGGUCGCCGACGAUAGUAUCUAUGGCGACAUCGGCGACUAUAUGCCGACGGUGAUGAGCAAGAAGGACGGCCAAUCCCGCGAUAAAAAGAAGGGCCCGUACUUCGACAAGCCCGAAUCUAAUCUCGACACCGAUGACAAGGCAAAUGCUCCGCAAUUGCCGAACGUGUUGCAGCAAAAUACAGUAGCCACGACGGAUAAUAACGCACCGAAGAAAGGUGCAUUGUUAAAUAAACUAGCGGCCGAGCCAGAAGGUUACGCCGAAUGUUAUCCAGGUCUAGACGAAAUGCAAGAUGCUAUCGAUGACUCGGAUGAUGAAGUGGAUUACACGAAAAUGGAUCUAGGUAACAAGAAGGGCCCGAUCGGCCGUUGGGACUUCGACACACCCGAGGAGUAUAGCGAAUAUAUGAAUAACAAGGAAGCGCUGCCUAAGGCGGCCUUCCAGUACGGCGUGAAGAUGGCCGACGGCAGACGCACCAGGAAGUAUAAUAAGGAGAAGAAUGAGAAGGCGGAGCUCGACCGUGAAUGGCAGAAGAUUCAGAAUAUUAUGAACAAGAGGAAACCGACGACGACGAUUGACGGAGCGUCCGAGUUCAAAGUACCGCGAUAUUGAAAUACUCUAAUAGUAAAUCUUCCUUUGUUAGAGAACGAAUAAAGUAAGUUAGUUGUAUAAAGUUAUAUCGAAUAUAUAUAUAUAUAUAAAAGAGCUAUAUUAAUUAUAUUGACAUUAAAAGUGAUCCCAAUAAAAGUUGUAUUAUAUGCUGUAUCAUAGAACAUAAAGUUAAUACAAUUUUAAAUUUAUAUUAAUCUAAUACGAUAAUUUAUUUUACAAAAUAUUAUUUCUCAACAGCGUUGAACAUUUUAUAUAUAUGUACAUACAUAUAUAUCAAUUAAAUAAAUUAAUCGAGUAAAAAAGAAAAAGUUAUAAGUGCAUGUAGCAUUUUCUUAUUAAUCAAAUAUUUAUUGAAUCUAUGUACGGUGUUAUAUUAAGUAAAACAUAAAUCGUGAAGCUGCAAUAAGUUUUAGUUAUUGAUAAUUUAAUACUGCGGUUGGUAUAUAAUACGAUAUAGUUUUAAUAAACAUUUUCGAUCGAUGACGUUAGAAUAAAUUGUUAGUUCAGCAAUGUUUCCCAUUUAUGCAAUAAAAAUAUUUGUUUAUUUACGUAAAUAUUUAAGUAUACAUACAUAUGUAUAAUCAGUUUUCCGGUUUGUAGCAUAAGAUGCUUAUUUUGCAUUCUUUGAUUCUAGGAACAUCAAACUUGCACUUUUACCGUUGUAUCUUAGGGAAUUCACAAAGUAAUGUAUAAAUUCGAAUUUUCACAGAUAAAUAAAUUUUUAUAAUACAAGAAAAAUGCUUCCGUGUUUAGGGAAUGUGUUUAUAAAAUGGCGGCAAGAUUAAAUUCGCACUUGUCUAAAAAAAAAAGAUGUACAAUUCUCUUCUCGAAACGUAUAAUUAAACGAUUUUUUAUGAAAUAAGGACGCGGUAUGAUGUAAUUGUAA